GGGAAGGGGAAGGCAAGGACGGUGGGGGACGGACGGAGCGACGGAAGGAGACUCAAUGUAUUUUGCGCGUCGACUCGUCAUGGACGAAGGUGCCCCCUCCUCCGCGUUACCCGAAUUGAAGGACCUGGAGAGCAAGCUGGGUCGCAAAGUCCCCGAAAGUCUCGCACGCUCGCUGGUGGGUGGCAAACACGACAAGGCGACAAACCCGGCGACGACACGCCUGGCGGCGGCGGCGGCGCGUCCCGGACGCAAUUCCGCCGAUUUUGACCGGCUGGAGGGCAAAAUGCUUUUCCUCAAACAAGAAAUGGCGAACCUGCGCGCCAUCGACGUGAAGCUGAUGCAGCAGCUCAUAUCCAUCAACGAGGGCAUCGAGUCCAUCCGCUGGGUGAUCGACGACAAAGGCGACGCGGCCAGCUUGACGGGCAGCCUGUACAGCCUGUCGGACAGCCAGGACGGCGGCUCGCUGCCGGGCAGCCUCAGCAGCCUGAACGACGCCAACAGCGACGAGCUGGACGCGCUGUCGGUGGGCAGCUACCUGGACACCCUCGCCGAGGACCUCCUGGAAGACCCUUCGCCCACCAACCUGGACUGCUUUGUGGAUAAUUCAGUAAUAGACGGGGACGCCUUUGUUAAAUCCCCAGUGAAACUGAGGGUAGAAUCGGAUGAAUACUACUGCUUUGGGUAAUAAUGAUUCUAGUAGAGAGAUGAACCUU